AUGAUGAAUGAUGUCAGGUCACAUGUGCUUGACAAAGCUUGGCUCGCGGCUGACAAUCCCAGGGAAACGAUCGUUGGUCUGUGCUACAGUGUCAUUUUGCUCAGUCAGAAUUCCAGCGAUAUAAACCCACUCGAUACCAGUGCCAGUGAACGCGAGAAUGAGCUAUACGAAGAAAUAUCAUCCACACCUUGCCCCCUGUGCACAAGUUAUUACCAUGAUGCAGGACAUCUUGCAAGUCAUAUUUACUGGCAUAAUGGUGGUCACGAUUUGCCUGAGAACGAGCAUUUAGAAGACGAAACUACACUGCCAGAUGCCAGGCCUGGUAUGCUUACUCUAGUAAUUGAUGGGUCGGAUGAUUCUACAAACUCAGAAGCCAACUCUGAGGCGGAAUCCGACUUUGACGCUGACUCCGACUACGAAGGCCUUCAGGCGAUCGCCACCCCGAUCUCAGAGCAAGCUGACGAUAAUCAAAAGACUAGGGCAUACCUACCCAACAAGAAUUGGAAGCCCUGGGCAGCAUUCAAAGACACAGCGGAAUGGAGAUUGACUCGUUUCUUUAUCGAGCACAAGCUGACCUCUAUAUCAAUUGAUGCCUACUUCAAUGAGGGGUUGCACAAGACAACAAAGGACGAGCGAUCUGUUCAGUCCACUUAUACUUUCCAGAACCAGCUCGAUAAAAUCAUGGGCUCCUUAUCUAACGUUCAAUACGGGACCGUCAGGGACGACUUUGGAAGAACGACCGACUUAUAUUACAGGAAUCCGGUCGAAUGCGUGAGGUAUCUCCUGUAUCAACGUUGCUACAAAUCGAGCAUGGUUUAUCGGCUGCAGAGGGUUUACAAUGCGGACGGAUAUCAACUCUAUUCCGAGAGGUAUACAUUGGACCGGUGGUGGAAUAUGUAG